GGGACCGCUUUAUACGAAGCUGUUGCUGUGAUCUUCAUUGCUCAACUCCAUAACGUCAAACUUACUCUUCUCGAAUUGUUAACAAUCAGCGUCACGACGACAGUUGCCUCUAUCGGAUCUGGCUCUGUGCCUGCAGGACUUGAUACCAUUGUUAUUGUUCUGACAACUGUUGGUCUUCCAGCAAAAGAUCUCAGUUUACUGCUUACCGUCGAUUGGUUACUUGAUCGAAUCCGAACUUCGGUAAAUGUAUUGGGUGACGGCUUUGGAGCAGGCAUCAUCCAUCACUUGACUAAGGACAGCCUCGUCGAAGCAGAUACGGAUGAGCUUAUUCGACAAAUAAGAGAGGAUAUACGUGAGUAA